UCUAUCCAACUAAGGAUAGUGAGGAUCAACUGGACCAGAUUAGAACCAGACUUAUAAAUUUGAUCUGAAGGCAGCUAACCAUUAGAUUGUUAUAGCAUUUUGAACCAAUCCUGAUUGACCAAAUGGUUGGCAUAACAUAUUAGAAUUCUUGUUUAAAAUAAUAUACCAGUUUAAAAGAAUUCUAGAUCUUUAUACAAAUACCUUGGAUGACAAAUACCAAUAAACCCAGUAAGGCAACCACCUCGUCUCACUAUAAUUGUGAAUCCGGUACUCAUCAAGUCCAAUCCGUUUAUAAUAGUAAAAAUCAGAUAAAUCAAAACGAUGAUACCGAUGAACUUCUCGAUGAUACCGAUGAACCUAUCGAUGAUAAUCAUCUGGUUGAAAUGAUAGGUACAGAUUUUGAAUACACUUCCUUAGAUAUCAAUCUACCCGGUAAUAAUGUCGACACGGCCUUGCCAAACAUGAAUCAAUUUCUCACAUGGGACAAGGUUCUUACCACGGCUAAACCAGGGGACUUGCUCGAAUUUCACAGGGGUUGGUACCGGCACUGGGCUCUCUUUGAAGGCGGCUCAAUUGUCAUUCAUGUUAGGGCUCACAAUGGCCAAGAUUUUGAAAAGGACGUUCCUCGUUCUUCCCUUCAAAAUAAUGAUGGACAAUCUUCGAAUGCCACUCACAUUUCCAAUGAUCAACCCAAAAUAUCUUCUGCUUCCUGGUUUCAAGUUCCUCCUAUUAGGUCAGUCCUUGACUCCAUGCCUUCUCUUACCAAUUUUUUGGCUGGUUCCUUGUCACAUUCUUUUAGUGAUGCACCGAGUGGCGCUAAUUCUAACAACACCAACAAUGAUUUCGGGCGCCGAGGCCCGCCUACCCUGAGAGAAGCUUUUACAGGAACGACGGCCUUGUUGGCCCGUGAUUCGUUUGCCCUCGUCGCCGGUUCUUCCUUAGUUCGAAUUAAUAAUAAAGAGCUCGAAGCCAGGGCCAAAGGUCUUUACCCUCCCAAUUCCCCGCCGAAAACAAUCAGGAACGCCUUGAAUUUGCUCCACCAGGAAGUACCUUAUCACAUUUUAACUAGUAAUUGUGAACAUUACGUGACUUUAUGGAAAUAUGGAGUUGCCUGGUCGACUCAACCUACAGAUACGAGCCUCAAAUUGUGUGCAGCAGCUGCAAGUUUAUACAAUUCCUAUGGAACCGAAGGAGCCCCCACCCUGUUUCCAGCCAUUAGAAAAGCGUAUAAAGACUUUAAAGAAACACAAAAUGAAGAUUUUCGCUAAUUUCAUUCUUAAUGAUUUAAAAUCGGUUGACUAAUUUAUUUAAUGUUUAUAAAUCUUCCUAUGAUAAUUUUAUCAUUAUAGUUAAUAUAUCGUUAAUAUAUAACUCGAAUCAAAUAAUUGGAAUAAAAAUAUGAAUUUUA